GUCGUUCCAGAUGCCCGCCCAGUCGCUCGGUGCAUCGCAUUUCGGGAACUGGGUGGCUUGCUCUGAUCUUGGCAGGACAUUUGAUUCGAAAUCCGCCGUGGGUCCAUCGUUGGGUAUUCCUGGCUCGCUACCCCUGGGCCCUCCCCACAUCGCCAGUCGGUGCGGUUGCUUUGAAAUCUGGCGAUCCCGGGUGAUCUGGUAUGGGGUCGGCCGCCAGACCCAUCGGGCGCUGUGGGGGUUGGAUUUGUCAUGGUCGGGCCAGGCCUAUAUGGUAUGACCCGCCGCCCGGCUCUCCAACACCACACCCCUCCGACCCGAUCUGCACUGCACCUCCCAGCCGCCCUCACUGUCAGCCAUGGCUAUGCGUCUGUUCUACAGCUCCACCUCGCCCUUUGUGCGAAAGGUCCUCAUCGUCGCCAAGGAGCUCAGCCUCGACAACAAGAUCGAGAUUGUCCUCCAGGCGCUCAACCCAACUGCCACCGAGAACCUCGCCGAGGUUUCCAAGCACAACCCGCUCGCCAAGAUCCCGACCCUCGCUGUCGAGGGACGCGGCGAUCUCUAUGGCUCCCAAGUGAUCUGCCAGUACCUCACAAGCCUCACACCCGAAGGCGAGAAGAUCCUUCCCUCGAGCGGGUUCUCUCGCUUUGAGACCCUCACCCGCGAGUCCCUCGCCGACGGAUGCCUCGAGGCUCUGCUGCAGUGCCGCUUCGAAACGGCCCUUCGCCCUGUCGAGAAGCAGUGGUCCAACUGGAUCGAUGGUCAGAUGGGCAAGGUCAGCCGCAGCUUGGAUGAAAUGGAGCAUCUGAUCCAGACCCACAAGGCCGGCCAGAAGUGGGAUCUCGGCGACAUUGCCAUCCUGACUGUCCUCGGCUACCUCGAGCUCCGUUUUGCCAGCCUGGACUGGCGCCAGACUCGACCUUCGCUGGCCGCCUGGUAUGCCGAGGCUCUGAAGCGUGACUCGGUCUCGUCGACCGUUCACAAGUAGAUGCCGAUUGACCUUCGGGGUGGCCAGUAGUGCGGUAUCCUCGCCAGCACCCGCGGGACACAUGUAUCUUGAGAAUAUAUAUGGAUUCAUUUACUCGGAGA